CUUCAUUAAUUCUCUUACAUCGACGACUCUUUUAUACUUUUUCUUACCGUCACUUCGUCACGCCAGGCAUAUGCUAUCUAAUAUUCUACUAAUCUUCCCCUAAUUAAAUGCAUCUUCUAACUCUUCUCUUUCCUUACUCUUUCUUUCUUCUUUUUUCAAGAUUUGAGUGAUAAUUAACAGUCUGGAUUGAUGAAGUUUGGUAAGCGAUUACAGCAGCAAAUUCAAGAAUCAUUGCCGGAUUGGCGCGAUAAGUUUCUGUCUUACAAGAAUUUGAAGAAGCUUCUUAAAUUGAUAGCUUCGACUCCGCCAUUGUUGAAUGGAUCGCUGGAAUAUUUGAAGGUAGAGGCUGAGUUUGUGUAUUUGUUAAACAAUGAGAUCGAGAAGUUGAAUGCGUUUUUCGUGGAGCAAGAAGAGGAUUUCAUUAUCAGGCAUAAGGAAUUGCAACACAGGAUUCAGAGUGUGAUUGAUGCUUGGGGGCCUAACGGAACUCAUCCUUCAGAGACUGAUUAUAAAGAGGAGAUGGGGAAAACUAGGAAAGAAAUUGUGAAUUUUCAUGGGGAAAUGGUGCUCUUAGUCAAUUACAGCAAUAUCAAUUACACAGGAUUGGCUAAGAUCUUGAAGAAAUAUGAAAAGCGAACAGGUGGAUUAUUACGCUUGCCAUUCAUUCAGAAAGUGUUGAAGCAACCUUUUUUUACAACUGAUCUAGUUUCGAAACUCAUAAAGGAAUGUGAAAACACGAUAGAUGCAGUGUUCCCAGUUGAAGAAGAAGAAGGGAAAAAGGAAGGAAGAGAAGCAAUCAGAGUGACAGGAGAAGGUAUAUUUAGGAAUACUGUUGCAGCAUUACUGAACAUGCAAGAGAUGAGAAGUGGAAGCUCUACUUACAGUCAUUACUCUCUGCCUCCUCUAAGCUUGCCAGACGCUGAUAUUAUUCGGUCAUUCCAACUGAACUCACCCAUACCCAUUCUCUAAUAAAAUUCAAAAUUAUAUACCAAACAUAUCACUGAUCUGAUGUCCGAUAAACUAGCUAGAAGUGCCAGGCGAAACCAUUAUAUACUUGAUUUACAUAUGUUUUUAGACUACAUGUAAUAGUUGCAAAUUACUCAAGAAAUAUAUCCUAUUCCGCAGGGAGUAACGUAGAUGUUGAAUGGUGGGUGUUUUUAUUUAAUCAAAUUUCUGUAAUAUAUUAAUAUAAAU